GUGCUCAAAACAUUCAACGAAUUUUUCUCAGGGCCACAGAAAAUCCGGCCUUUUGUGGAUCGAUAACAGAUGAACCCCUUUGGUUACUCUCCCACCGAGUCUGGCUUCAAUCAAUUGACUUCAUUUUCUCCGGCGUCGACCUACUCGUCACAUAGAAUCCACUCGCCCGAUGUCCCUUUUGCAACCGAGGGCAAAAACCCCCAAGCGAAACCAUCUCCACCUUCUAAUUCUCAUAUCAUAUCAUUUCGGAACUCAGAUCUAUCCCCAGACAUCUCUCAGCAAUAUCCGGGAACCUAUGAGUUGCAAGAUUAUGGGGAAGGGAUGAAGAUGAAAAGAUGUGGUAGUAGAACAACUUUGCAUGGACCAGAACACGUUAUUGCAGAGAGGAAGCGCCGGGAGAAGCUGAGCCAGCGCUUCAUUGCUCUUUCAGCCAUCAUUCCUGGCCUUACCAAGCUGGACAAGGCUUCUGUCCUUGGAGAUGCGAUAAAUUACUUGAAACAACUUGAGGAACGUGUGAAGUUUCUCGAGGAAGAGGCGGCCAUGAGAACCGUGGAAUCGGCGGUUUUCUCUAAGAAGCCAUUGCUCCAACAUGGCGACGGCAUUGUAUCUUUUUCAUCCGAAGAGAAGUCGUAUGACCCAAUCAUCAAUGAGCAACUACCUGAGGUUGAAGCACGGGUGUCGGGGAAGAACAUUUUGAUCAAAGUCCAGUGUGAGAAGCACGAGGGCUGCAUCAAGGAAGUGAUGAAACAAAUGGAGGACAUGAAGUUGACGACUCUAAAUAUCAGUGUUCUAGCUUUUGGGAGUUCACUCUUGGAUGUCACAAUUGUGGCCCAGAUAGAAAAUGAGAACUGCCCAACGAUUGAGGAGAUGGUCGAAAAACUACACCGUGCUCUGACGACUUUCAUCGGAUCAUCUUCAAGACAGUCAGCUUGUUAACAAUUUGGCUUUCUGCGGUGGCCUGAGUCUUAGAGAUGCUCUUGAUUACGUGCUAGUGCAAGAGUCGUGGGUACUUGUACUAUUAUGUGCGUUGUAACUUCUUACUUAUUGGGGUAGUUAUCUGUUAGCGCAAGAUUUA